AUGGCAAAACAAGCUUUUGAGGAAAAGCAAGGGUGUUCUUUUAAGCACAUCUUGGUUUCCCGAGAGUUACUGGUUGAAAGAAAGGUAUGGAAUAACUGUAAAUCCAAGUUAAAAUCAGAUGCUGUAGAUUCACUGGUGGAACUCCAAAUGAUAAUGGAAACAAUUCAGUUCAUUGAAAACAAAAAGUAUUUUCUAGAAAGGGAGCUGACUUUUCGAAGCUUGCUUUGGUAUGAUGGUUCACUGUACAGGGAACUGCUUGGCAGGCCGUCAGGGUAUCAACAACAAUCCAAUUUCUUUCCAGCUUUCCAAACAAGGCUGAAGUACAAUGUUUUUCAUGAGCUACAGAGCUACCAUAAACAGUUAUUAGAGCUCUUUGAAAAAACAAGGUGGGAAAACAAAUCUUACUAUGCAUUCUUGAAAUUCAGACGAGAGAUUGAUGAGUGUGAAGCUGUGAUACAACAUAAUUCUGAUUGCUUAGAUUUUUUCCUCUCUGUGCCUUUUACUUGUGGAGUUAACUUUGGAGAUACUUUAGAAGAUUUGGAAACUGUAAGGAAAAGUGCUGUGGAACUGAUAAAUACGUAUAGGAACCUUCCAUAUGCUCACACCUAUGCAGAAAAAGAGGACCAUCUGUGGGUUAUAAUGGAAAUUAUCUCUACAAAGAUAAGCUUUAUAAAGGCGUGUGAAUCAAUGAAUAUGAAAGCAUCACUCUUUGGCCUUGAACAUAUAUUUUUUGAUGCUGCUAAAAGUCUUGUUUGGAAAGACAGACGUCUGUUGUUAAAUAAAGCCUCUCCCAAUAAGAAAGAACAACUUCUGUGCAAAAUAAACCAAGAUGCUCUCUCCAAGCUAUAUGAAGUUUAUGAAUAUGUGGCUGAAGAGUUUAGAACUGAAAAAUCUAACAAUAUUACUGAGAAGAAAAAUGAUACAGAAAAGUCAAAAUAUUGUGAAAACAAAGGCAAACAUGGAGAUGAAAACUCUGACUUCCUCACUGUUUUGCUUUCACAUCCUGAUAUUUCCUGUGUUGGAGAAAUAUUAGAUGAAGCUCAGUUUGCAGACCUCAAGAAGUUACAGCAGCUAAUGCUCAGAUGUACAGAACGUUUAGAAAGCUUAAAAAUGUAUUUUCAGAUUUUGCAGGAGGAGGAUGUCAGUAAAAUCUUGAUCACAGAGGAAAAUGUGUUAGACACAAUGAAAAAUGAUGGCAUUAAUGCUGUAAUUUUAAAGCCUGAAGCUGUUGAGCCUUACAUUGAAGUACUAAUGAUGUAUGAAACAGUUCACUUUCUUAAAAAUUCAAUAGCAAGAAAAACAGAUGAACAGAGAUUUCGAAGCUUGUUGUGGUUUGAUUUAUCGCUUCUUCCUGAAUUGGCACAUUGCCAAAAGAAAAUGUCUUCCUUUUCAUUUCUGAAAGAUAAUUCAAUGGACAAGCUUUGUAAAACUGUAGAGUCUGCCAUCUCUGAUCUGAAGAGUGAGCUGGACAUUAUUUGCAACUAUGCAGAAACCAUAAACUGCUCUUAUGCACUUCACCUUCUCACCAGAGAACUUUCAGAACUUUCAGAAACAAGAAAAUUAAUACAAAAUUCGAAGCCUUCUAUCUUCACGUAUGUUGAGUGUGUACCUUAUACCAUAUCUGCAAACUAUGGGAGUACUGUGACUGAAUUAGACUACAACUACAACCAGUUUUCUUUGUUGCUUGAAAAUUUAAUGUUGGCUGCUAGGAAAGAUUUAGGAAAAAUGGCUCAUAUUAUGAAAAUCAUGAAAACUAUUGAGCAUAUGAAGUUUGCUUGUGCCAAAAAAGGUAAAUCAGUCCUCUCUCUUCUGAUAUAUCAGAUGCUAAAUAAUUGGAGAAAGACCUGCCAGUUGAAAAGAAAGGGAGACAUGAAAAUGCAUCUGACUGAAACUAAAAAAAGUGUCUGUGAAACUCAAGCUCCAGAGUAUGUCAUCAAAGCUAGCUCUCAGUCCCAGAAAAAAAGACCUAGUUUUGUGUCCUCACAUGAAGACACUCCUGAGUGUACAGAAAGCUCUCCUCCUUCCAGCUGCAAAAAACCAAAGAGAGAAUGCAAGAGUUACUCCUCAAAAUGAAAAAGAUCUAGCGUCGAGUAUCUCACCGGAUAAUCUAGGAAACAAGAGGCCUCUAGAAAAAGCUGUGCAAGACCAAUUACCGCGCUCACCUUUGCAUUCAAAAGAUUUGGAAGCUGUUUAUUGCU